AUGAUAUAUGACUGGGCCUCAGAUAUCUAUCGGGAAGAUGUCAUUAAUUGUCUUUCUAACUAUGAAUCCGGUGUCGAUGAUACCAGAAGCGAAACAGAAAGCAUCGUCUGGUGGGAUGCACAGUCCCAGGUGUCUCAUUCCAAGAUAGAGCAAACUCAUCUUGAGAUAUACGAUUCUGACGAAGAUUGGAAUCAACUACCUCGGUCGUUUCGGUCAUCGUCACCUUGUCCCCCGGGAUCGUUCCCGAGAACACCAGAGCCCGAGGAUCUUGAUUUACAAGAAAGCCCACUGGGACAUUCCUCGCUAGAGGGAUUCCCCCGAGAAUGCAUAAGUCCUCCUAUUGUUAGUUCGUGGGAGGCUAAUUCCAUUAUCCAAGAUGCAAACAAAGUGAUUUUUACCUUUCGAUCCCUAUCUCUGCCCGAAACGUUUGGAGAGCUCGCCACGAUCCUGUCGAUUCCAAGCCCAGAAGACUUGAGGCAGAAUGCAGCAAACUUAUUGCAGCUGUUUAAUCUAGAUCGUCCGAUCCAAAUCACCGCGAGCUUUAUCUCAGCCUUGAAGAAUAUGUGGACUGGGUCUAGUGAUACCGAAGAACACCCUCUCCUUCCGAGCAACGAAUCUGUUUACGCCCACAUAUCGUUCCAGUCAUAUCUCCGGCCUAGCGACUACGGCAUAGUUCGAGAAAUCACAGCUAUCACUGGGACUUCAGAUGCUCUAAGCUCUCUUUGGACGAUUGCCAAACUAGGCCCACCCAGCUUUCUAGGAAAUCGGAAGUUACUCCUUCAAGGGCUAGACAAAGUCGCGAUUUUGAAAAGAAUGACGGGGUCGAAUUCUUUGAGAGCAGCUGUGCAGAAUUCUUGUUUUACAAUGACCGUUAUGAAAGACCAGUGGGGCUCACCGGUCUUCGACUGGGUGAAAGAAGACUCGCAUGGCGAAUAUACGUCAAAUCUGUGGAUUAACCUUGGUCAUCAGUCUUCUGGAAUUAUCAUGUCGCCGAUUUUUGGCUACUUUUGCGCAACAGAAAAGAUCUGCAAUUCGGAUGAAUACAUUGGUUCGAACUUAGAUGAGUUGCUACGCUGGGCAGAUGGGGAGUAUUUCUUUGAUCGGGGUGCAGUCAUUUUCAAGACGCCACUGGCAUCGCGGGACAAAUGCUCAUGGUACUGUCUCACUGUCUUCGAUGAUACUGAUCAGGACCAUCGGCCAAGUUUGGGUCAAAAGCUGUUGCGCUUGUUAGAUGAAAGGGUUCUAUUUGAGGGUCAUUUGGUACGCAAUGUAACACUGGAGGACCAGGGGUUCAUUAGAUAUUGGGCCAACGCUCUUUUGGAGGGAGAGUUGGUAGGUUCAUUUUCUUACCCCUGUUAG